AUGUUUAAACGUAAAUUAUCUGCACUUGACUACGGAAAAGAUUAUAACCCACAAGACGAAACACAAUUUCGACAAAUGGCUGUAUGGCUUGAAGAUAUGAAAAUACGUUUAUAUCCCAUUGAUGGACGACAAAGUCUUCGUGAUAUUCAAAAUCCUCAAUGGCAUGAAACUUUUUCCAAAUAUUUACAAGAUUUAAAAUUUCCAUAUAAUAAUGAAAUGAUUAACGAUCGAAUAGCUUUAAGUGAUUGGCUUAUGGGAACAGCUAUACGAUUUGAAUAUGGUGAUAAUGUUGAGAAAUACAAACCGAUUUCAUCGAAUAUAAUAAAUAAUCAACAAAAAUCGAAUUCAGUUAAUCAAACUGGAAAUCCGUUAGAAGCAAUCGAUUAUACAAGUGAAGAAUUUAAAUCUGGUAUGGUAAAAUUAUGUGAACUUUUACAAAUUCCAACAAAAUUUAAUGAUACAACAGCAGUUCUUCGUGCUGUAAGUAAAAUAAUAACAACAAAAUUAUCAAAGGAAGCAAUUGAUAAAAAUCAAAUAAAAGAACAAGGUUCAGGUGUUGAUUUUUCUAUUGAACAAAUGCCACUGGGUUUUGAUACUGGUGAUAAAAUAAUUAAUGAAGCUGCAAAAAUUCUUCGAUUAUUAUAUAUUCAAGAUUUACGAACAUUACAAACUAAAAUCAAUGAAACUAUUGUUAGUGUGCAAUCAUUUGUUGCAGAUCCACGUACGGAUAGUAAAUUAGGACAAAUUGGUUGGUAA